CCCGGCCCGGCCCCGCGUCCCCGGCCCCCGGCUGGCUAUGCCGGCCAUGGGCUGGCUGCGGGCGGCCGGGCAGCGGCUGCGGCAGCGGGCGCGGGGUGCCGAGGUGCUGCGGGAGACCUGCCGGCAGUACCCGCUCUUCUGCUGCCUCCUCCUGGGGCUGGGAGCCGCCACCCUCCUCCUCAACCGGUAUCUGCACGUUUUAAUGAUCUUCUGGUCGUUUGUGGCCGGCGUCGUCACCUUCUACUGCUCGCUGGGGCCGGAUUCCCUCUUGCCCAAUAUUCUUUUUACAAUAAAAUACAAGCCCAAGCAGUUAGAAUUGCCGGAGCUAUUUCCCCACGGUCACAGUUGUGCUGUAUGUGGCAAGGUCAAAUGCAAGAGGCACAGGCCUACUUUGCUUCUGGAGAACUAUCAGCCAUGGCUGGAUCUGAAAGUGCCUUCCAAGGUUGAUGCAUCGCUCUCGGAGGUGCUUGAGUUGGUGCUGGAAAACUUUAUUUAUCCAUGGUACAGAAAUAUUACUGAUGAUGAAUCCUCAGUGGAUGAACUGAGAGGCACGCUGCGUUUUUUUGCAUCUGUAUUAGUUCGGAGAAUUCACAAGGUGGAUAUUCCAACUGUUGUAACAAAGAAAAUGCUUAAGGCAGCAAUGAAACACAUCGAAGUGAUAGCCAAGGCCAGGCAGAAAGUAAAAAAUGCAGAAUUUUUACAGCAAGCUGCUUUAGAAGAAUAUGGACCAGAACUCCAUGUUGCUUUGAGAAGCCGAAGAGAUGAACUUCAUUACUUAAGAAAACUUACUGAACUUCUUUUUCCUUAUAUUUUGCCCCCAAAGUCAACAGAGUGCAGAUCCCUGGCUCUUCUGAUAAGAGAGAUUCUGCCUGGUUCUGUUUUCCUUCCCUCAAUGGAUUUCUUAGCUGAUCCUGACACUGUCAACCAUUUGCUGCUGAUCUUCAUUGAUGAUAGUCCACCUGAGAAAGCAACUGAACCUACUUCUUCACUGGUUCCAUUCCUUCAGAAAUUUGCAGAGCCAAGAAAUAAAAAACCAUCUGUCCUGAAACUGGAGCUAAAGGAGAUCAGAGAUCAGCAAGACCUUUUAUUUCGGUUUAUGAACUUCCUGAAACAGGAAGGGGCAGUCCAUGUGCUGCAGUUCUGCCUGACUGUAGAGGAAUUCAAUGACCGAAUUUUGCGACCAGAACUAUCAGAUACUGAAAAGAUGUCUCUUCAUGAGGAAGUACAGAAAAUUUACAAAACUUAUUGUUUGGAUGAAAGCAUUGACAAAAUCAGAUUUGACCCUUUUAUUGUGGAAGAGAUUCAAAGGAUUGCUGAAGGUCCGUAUAUGGAUGUUGUGAAACUUCAAACUAUGAGGUGUCUUUUUGAAGCUUAUGAGCAUGUACUAUCUCUACUUGAGAAUGUUUUUACUCCUAUGUUCUGUCACAGUGAUGAGUACUUCAGACACCUUUUAAGAGGAGCAGAGUCACCAACACGCAAUUCAAAGUUUAACAGAAGUAGCCUGAGUUUGGAUGACUUCCGGACCACACAGAAGAGAGGGGAAUCAUUUGGAAUCAGCAGAAUAGGCAACAAAAUAAAAGGUGUAUUCAAGAGUUCUGCAAUGGAAGGAGCUAUGUUGCCUAACUAUAACUUAAAUGAAGGAGAAGAUGACUUUAUUGAAGAAGGCGUUAUGGUGAUGGAAGAUGAUUCUCCUGAGGAGGCUGUUAGUACCCCAAAUACACCUCGCAACCUUGCCGCAUGGAAAAUUAGCAUCCCAUAUGUAGAUUUUUUUGACGAUCCCUCCUUGGAAAGAAAAGACAGAAAGGAGAGAAUUCCUGUGUUCUGCAUUGAUGUAGAGAGAAACGAUAGAAGGGCAGUUGGGCAUGAACCUGAACACUGGUCUGUCUACAGGCGGUAUCUUGAAUUUUAUGUGCUUGAGUCGAAGCUAACAGAAUUUCACGGCACGUUUCCUGAUGCUCAGCUUCCCUCAAAGAGAAUCAUUGGCCCCAAGAACUACGAGUUCUUAAAAUCUAAGAGAGAGGAGUUUCAGGAAUAUCUGCAGAAACUUCUGCAACAUCCAGAAUUAAGUAACAGCCAGCUUUUAGCUGACUUCCUGUCCCCUAAUGGAGGAGAGACUCAGUUUCUUGAUAAAAUGUUGCCUGAUGUGAAUCUUGGUAAAAUUAUAAAAUCUGUUCCAGGAAAGCUGAUGAAAGAGAAAGGUCAGCAUUUGGAGCCAUUCAUCAUGAAUUUUAUCAACUCCUGUGAAUCUCCCAAGCCUAAACCAAGUAGGCCUGAACUUACCAUUUUGAGUCCCACUUCUGAAAACAACAAGAAGCUUUUCAAUGAUUUAUUCAAGAAUAAUGCAAACCGGUCUGAGAAUACAGAAAGACGACAAAAUCAGAACUACUUCAUGGAAGUGAUGACUGUAGAAGGAGUCUAUGACUACUUAAUGUAUGUUGGUAGGGUAGUUUUUCAUAUUCCUGACUGGCUGCAUCAUCUCUUGAUGGGAGGAAGAAUUCUCUUCAAAAACACAUUGGAACUAUACACAGACUAUUACUUGCAUUAUAAGUUAGAACAGCUAUUUCAGGAGCACCGGUUGGUUUCUCUGAUAACACUGCUGCGAGAUGCUGUGUUCUGUGAGAAUACUGAACCUCGCGCUCUCCAGGAUAAACAGAAGCGAGCAAAGCAGACUUUUGAAGAAAUGAUGAGAUACAUUCCAGACUUAAUAGGCAAGUGCAUUGGGGAAGAGGCUAAAUACGAAGGCAUCAGGCUUCUGUUUGAUGGAAUGCAGCAACCAGUGCUCAACAAACAGUUAACUUACGUGCUGCUGGACAUCGGGAUUCAAGAACUCUUUCCAGAGCUCAGUAAGGGUCCGAAGGAAGCUAGCUCUGUGUCAUGUUGGAUGUGAAUGCAGGGACCUUGGUGAACACCUGGUAGAAACAUCUGCUGUGCACUAUUGUAAUGGACAUGUGACAUUUUAACCUUGCAUUGUAUAUUUUCUUGUAAAUAACAUAAAAUCUUAAGUUCUAAAAAAAAUCUCUUUAUGCAAUAAAGACAUUAAAAUUUAAUACCAAUUACAAGUAAA